ACCUCCUAAGAUUCCGCGUAGAAAAACAACAAUUUUCAAAAGCAAAUUCCAAAAAACCCUUUUUUCCGAUCGGAGAUUCCUUUUUCCGAUCAGAAAACAGAAAAUAAAAAUGGCAGUGAAUCCCCAAUUAUUUGCUAAUGGAAUGCCAAUUCCUUUCCUCAAUGAAUUGUUCGUCCUGUCUAGACAUGGUGUUGAGUUUGAGGUCGACAAAAUCCCUGGUGUAGGAAAAACAAGAACAAGAGGGACUAUCUACUUGUCGAAUAUUCGGAUGGUCUUUGUUGCAAAGAUGCCUGUGGAUUUCAUUGCUUUUGACAUGCCCUUGCUUUUUGUUUCUGAUGAAAAAUUUAAGCAACCAGUAUUCCACUGUAACAACAUCUCUGGACUUGUAGAUCCGGUUGUUCCGGAUAAUGAAAACAGGGCCUUGUACUCCACACAUACAUUCAAGAUUUUGUUCAAGGAUGGUGGUUGUGGGACUUUCGUGCCAUUAUUUUUCAAUUUAAUCGCCUCUGUGAGACGAGCUCAGCAACAGUCUGGGGCAGAGCCACGGGCAGAUCCUCUCCAAGCUGCACAAACUCCAGUUGAUGAGAUGAUUAGACAUGCUUAUGUUGAUCCCAAUGAUCCAACGAAAAUCUUCUUGCAGCAGCCUACUCCAGAGUCACAACUUAGGCGUCGUUCAUACCAAUCACAACCUGCUUAAAACUCAAUAUACUUCUUGUUCAAUGUUACCUGAAUUGUGAAUUGUUCAUUUUCUCAUGUACUUUUCUCUGGUUGAUUGCUUUGAUUCUAUAUAAAUAUAUAAACAAACUAGAAGAA